GAAAGCGUUCGGAAUAAUUGAGAAGCAGCUUUCCCCGGUGGCGGCGGAGGCAGCCACCACCUCCUCCCUUCUGCUCCCAUCACCCGCAGCCCCACACUUACCCCCGUAUACACAAGCAUCAGACACACAGAAGCCAAUACAGCAGGGGCUGCUUCCCAGAUCCGGCCACCAGUUUCAAGUCCUCCACCUCCUGCAUCCUCCGGCCAGGGUUUGCCACAGGACUCUAAGCUUCAGGGAAAGGAGGAAGCCUGUGACUAAAGCAUGUGGCUGUGGGGCCCCCUGGAUCUUUUCUGAGUCUCCCCUCCCUUGAAGUUGAUGAGCUCCUGAGCCAUUGACUAAGCCCUCCAGUCUCUCCAGCCAGCUGGCAUCUGCCUCCAUCCUUCUCCAUCACAAUGAGUGGCUUCUUUGCCUCCCUGGACCCCCGGAGGGUACAGUGGGGGGCUGCUUGGUAUGCCAUGCACUCCAGGAUCCUUCGCACUAAGCCCGUGGAGUCAAUGCUGGAAGGCACGGGGAGCACCGCACCUCAUGGGACCAAGCUGGCCCAGGUGCUCACCACGGUGGACCUCAUCUCCCUUGGGGUUGGCAGCUGUGUGGGCACUGGCAUGUAUGUGGUAUCUGGGCUGGUGGCAAAAGAAAUGGCAGGACCCGGUGUCAUCGUGUCCUUUAUCAUUGCAGCUGUGGCCUCUAUCUUAUCAGGUGUCUGCUAUGCCGAAUUCGGAGUUCGAGUUCCAAAGACCACUGGGUCAGCCUACACCUACAGCUAUGUCACAGUGGGCGAGUUUGUGGCAUUUUUUAUUGGCUGGAAUCUGAUCCUGGAGUACCUGAUUGGCACCGCAGCAGGGGCCAGUGCCCUAAGCAGUAUGUUUGACUCCCUGGCAAACCACACCAUCAGCCGCUGGAUGAUUGACAGCGUGGGGACUUUAAAUGGUCUGGGAAAAGGAGAAGAAUCAUACCCAGACCUGCUGGCCCUUGUCAUUGCUGUCAUUGUGACCAUCAUUGUUGCCCUUGGGGUGAAAAAUUCUGUGGGCUUCAACAAUGUUCUCAAUGUACUCAACUUGGCUGUGUGGGUGUUUAUCAUGAUUGCUGGUCUUUUCUUCAUCAACGGAAGCUACUGGGCUGAAGGACAGUUCCUGCCUCAUGGAUGGUCAGGGGUUCUCCAAGGAGCAGCGACUUGCUUCUAUGCCUUCAUUGGAUUUGACAUCAUCGCCACGACAGGAGAAGAAGCAAAGAAUCCCAACACAUCCAUUCCUUAUGCCAUCACCGCCUCCCUGGUCAUCUGCCUCACGGCAUAUGUGUCCGUGAGCGUGAUCUUGACCCUGAUGGUGCCCUAUUAUGCCAUUGACACCGAGUCUCCCCUCAUGGAGAUGUUUGUGGCCCACGGAUUCUACACUGCAAAAUUCAUUGUGGCCAUCGGCUCUGUCGCUGGCCUGACAGUCAGCCUGCUGGGGUCUCUCUUCCCGAUGCCCAGGGUCAUUUACGCCAUGGCUGGUGAUGGGCUUCUCUUCAGAUUCCUGGCCCACGUCAGCUCCUACACAGAGACGCCAGUGGUGGCCUGCAUCGUGUCCGGCUUCCUAGCCGCUCUGCUCUCUCUCUUGGUCAGCCUGAGGGACCUGAUUGAAAUGAUGUCUAUUGGCACUUUGCUUGCCUACACCUUGGUCUCAGUCUGCGUCCUGCUCCUCCGAUACCAGCCAGAGAGCGACAUUGAUGGUUUCGUUAAGUUCUUGUCUCAGGAGCACACCAAGAAUAAGGAAGGUGUCCUGGCUGAAUGUGAGAAGGAAGUUUGCUCUCCUGUAAGUGAAGGGGAAGAGUUUUCAGGCCCAGCUACAAAUACGUGUGGGGCCAAGAAUUUACCAUCUUUGGGAGACAAUGAGAUGCUCAUCGGGAAGUCGGACAAGUCUGCCUACAAUGUCAACCAUCCUAACUAUGGCACCGUGGAUAUGACAUCUGGCAUAGAGGCCGACGAGUCAGAAAACAUUUACCUGAUCAAGCUCAAGAAGUUGAUUGGACCUCGCUACUAUACCCUGCGGAUCCGCCUUGGCCUUCCGGGCAAAAUGGACCGGCCCACGGCGGCCACUGGCCACACAGUGACUGUCUGUGUGCUCCUGCUCUUCAUCCUCAUGUUUAUCUUCUGUUCCUUCAUCAUCUUCGGCUCAGAUUACAUCUCGGAGCAGAGCUGGUGGGCCAUCCUCCUGGUCGUCCUCAUGGUCCUGCUCAUUGCUGCCCUGGUGUUUGUGAUCUUGCAGCAGCCAGAGAAUCCUAAGAAGUUGCCCUACAUGGCCCCCUGCCUCCCAUUCGUGCCCGCCUUCGCCAUGCUGGUGAAUAUCUAUCUCAUGCUAAAACUCUCCACCAUCACCUGGAUCCGGUUUGCUGUCUGGUGCUUUGUGGGUAUGCUUAUUUACUUUGGAUAUGGCGUAUGGAACAGCACGCUGGAAAUCAGUGCCCGGGAAGAGGCCUUGCACCAGAGCACCUACCAGCGCUAUGAUGUUGAUGAUCCCUUUGCCGUAGAGGACAGUUUCUCCUACGGCCCAGAGGGGGAGGGCCAGCAGGCCUGGGGAGACGCCACAGCUGAAGACAAAGGCUUCUAUUACCAGCAGAUGUCAGAGGCAAAGGAAAGCAGCCGGACAAGUAGCAAACCGAAAAGCAAAGGCAAACACAAACAGAACUCGGAGGCUCUGAUCGCAAAUGAUGAGUUAGAUUACUCCCCAGAGUAGAAGUCAAUAAGUGAAGGGUGGAAGAGAUGGUGAUUAUGGGCAAGCUAACCUGGGGGUUAGGAGGUCAGGGCUUUCUCAGCUGUCAUUUGCAAUUGUCCCAUAAGUCAACCCCCCAAAUCAUAGCCUCUACCUUGCUAUUUCCCUCUUAGAGAUAAUUCUGUAAAAAAAAGGUUUAACCUGAACCCUAUAAUUGACCCUGUUCUUCCAUCUUCACCCCUCCCCCCAAACUAGCAAAAAACCAAACCCAACAAGGCUGAUGGAGAAUCCCUCUUCAUUCCGACGUCAGGAGUGAUCUGAAUGAGAGUUUCUGACCCCUCUAUUUUAUCGGUUGACUCAAAGGUUCUUUAAGGCCCUGUUGAGACACCAAGAAGCAUAGUCCAAUGCUUCCAUCCCAUUGAGAGAGGUGCCAAAGCUGGUGGGUGAAUGACAAGUCACCAGAUUCAGCCCAUCCUCCGAGUCGAGGAGGGCACAAGGCAUGUUCUCAAUCCUUUCCGCUAAGAGUCCCUCACCACAAGUGAAUGGUGCAAACAAGUUAGCUGACAUUUUCUUAGCAAGGAAUAUAAUGUCUUGGAAGCUCAAGAAAUUCUUGGACAAGACAGGUGCCUCCUUGUAUUUACUAAGGGACUCUACCCACAUGCACCAAUGGACCAAACAAAGAUCAGUGGAUCUGAAACAUAUUCCCCUGAUGGCCCAGAUCUGCAAAGAUGGAGCCAUGUAGACUAAGUGGCAUGGCCUGAGGUACCAUAAAAUUUUCUGUUAAAAACAUGAUGAGCUUCUGGGACAAAAAAAAAAAAGUCCAAAGAGCAUGGGCAGAAAUCAUGGUAGCCACUGCAAAGGAAGUGAAGGGAGUACCUAUUCCCCACACUGAUGAAAUCUGCAAUCCAUGGGAGCAUUUGUUUUCAGAAUAAGUUCAAGAUAUCUGACCAAUACAAAGGUUUAAAAAAGAAGGCAAAGAAUCUUAUGGGACUCCGUGAAAAAUUAGGCCAAAUUUUCUUUAUCACUGGAUAAAGAUCUUAGCAAGUAGAGGUACCCCCAACAAUUAAGGUCUCCCAGAAAAUUCUUUUCUGUUUUUAAAAUAAUGAGUUGUGCAGUACUUGGAUAUAUCUAACCAUUUGACUAGUGGGUGCUACUCUGAAAAAUGUUGACAUAUGGCUAGUCAGAUAAUAGCAUUCCACAAGCCUCCAUCCCACCUCAGAACCAGCUGAUCCAGGGGGUAUACACCUACAUACCAGUGCUCUCUUCCCAUAUGUUUCUCCAAGCAGUAUCAGUGAAGCCCCAAGCAAGGGAAAACCUCACCAGGGGAGGUACUAGGUCUAGGCUGUAGUAGGUAUUCUUACAAGGAAAAAAAUAAAGCACUCCCCCCCACACACACACACCAAACAAAAUGUGGUGGAAGUAUUAAGAGUAAUAUACAACUAAUUGGAAACUCUCCCCUUAGGUUUUUGGCCGCCUCUCCCCAAGGCGUCACUGUUCCUUGCAUAUAAGCUCGAUCAAAACUGUUUCACAUAUUGCUUUCAGCUAAAAUCUUUGCAAGAAUGAUCGGGGGGGGGUAGUUUUUUCUCCAUCCUGCUGUUUUCCUAAUUCCAUCAAGCAGCAAUAUGCCCUGGUCUCUCUCUUUCUAAAUGUCAGGACUUUGUAUUCUCAGCCUCCUCGUUUGCUUUGGGACGAUGGUGAGCAGACAGCUACCCUGUUCAGAGACAGAGCAGAUCCAGGGUUGUCUCCCAUAGAAAGGCUAGAUUAGGGGUGGGGAACCUGCGGCCUCGAGGCCACCUGUGGCCCUCUAGGUCCUCAAGUGUGGCCCUUUGGCU